AUUUCGACCGGUUGGGCACACUGCAUUUUCAAGAUCGCUCUAUCUCCUAGAUUAUGCACUACAUUUUAAAUUUUAAUCUUCAUCUAUUCUGCAUUGAAUCCGUUCAUCGACUAUCGUUCAACAAUGAUUUUUAAUUUUUUUUUUAUUUCUACCAAGCAUAAUUAAAAAUGAAGAGGAUUAGCCUAAUCCGAUUAAGUGAAUAAGUACUAUAAUCUGUGAAUUGCUACAUAAGCUAUAAGGAAUAAUUAAGAAUUAGUUAAAGAGCCAUGUAAAAAGAUUCACACAUUUUGAUGGUCGGUACUGAAGACUGAUAACGAUAUGGAAUUGUGGAAUACUAUGCGAUAUGAUAUGAUAUCGUUCACAUGACAUCGCGACAUAAACAACGAAUAAACACUGAUUAGUGAUUACUGACAAAUCACUAUAGUUAAAAGUUAUAGUUAUAGUUUAAACAGUACUUCGUAGCAAAUACUAUAUUAUAUACGAUAUCGUAUAUAGUAUUUGUUAGUUGUAAGUUGAUGAUGGCCAUACAUGACAAUACAACAAACACUCAUAAUAACGUUUUAUCUAUUCUGUGAUCAAUAAAUAAGUUCUCACCUUAAUAUGGAGUCUUCUUAUGAUAUUAAUGGAUCAAACAAGAAUAAUAAUAUUCGUGUAAAUACAUUUGUUCAUGAUCAUCCAAUAUUAAAAUCAUUUAUUGCCGGUUCUACAUCUGGAUUAUUCUCUACAGUUGUAUUUCAACCAUUUGAUGUUAUAAAAACAGUCUUACAAGACCCUAGAAAUGAUAAAAAAUUAGGAAUAAUUAAUGCCACAAAAUCAGUUUGGCAGCAACAAUCUUUUUAUGGAUUUUGGAGAGGACUGUCUCCAUCUCUUGUACGCAAUAUUCCAGGAAUUGCAAUUCAUAUAUCACUUACACAAUUAAUAUAUUCAUACUUAACAAAAAACAAUCAAACUUCUAUGGUGAAGUCUGGGAUAGCUGGAUUUAGUGCACGAUGUAUUACUGUUUCUGUACUAAUGCCUUUCACUGUCUUAAAAACUAGAGUAGAAAGUGGUCAAUAUCAUUACACAACUUUAGCCCGUGGCAUAUCUGAUAUUCUUAGGUUGGAGUGUUGGAAAGUAUUAUAUCGCGGAUGGACACCAACAAUUUUACGAGAUGCUCCAUUUUCUGCAUUAUAUUUUAUGAUUUUUAUAAAAUUAAAAAAUAUAACAUUAUUAGAAGGAUUAGAUAACAAACAACCAUUUUAUAUUUUUGGAUGUGGCCUUCUAGCUGGAGGAUUAGCAUCAUUUAUUACUCAACCAUUUGAUGUAAUAAAAACUAGUCAGCAACUAUCAAAAGAAAAACUUCCUUUGAUUGAUGCUAUUGUUAUAAUUAAACGAGUAGAAGUAUGGAAUAGCUGGUUAUUUCAAAGGGCUGUCUCUUCGAAUUUUAAGACGAUCCUUAAUGGCUGCAAUAACUUGGACUAUAUACGAAAAAUUAUCUUAAAUAAUUAAUAAUCUAGAUUUAGAUAUUUAUAAUUUAAGUAAUAAUCUGUCUUUUAUGUUUAACAAAUGUUACAAUUCUUUAAAAUAGGUAGCUGUUAAAUUAUGAUGUAUGAACCUGAAUAAGAAAGUAACCAAAUAAGGAUUAGAAAUUUUAAUAAUAUUUUUAAUUAUUAAAUAUUAAUUAGACUGAAAUAUUUUAGCAAUAUAUCAAACAUGUUUAGGGUAAUACAUUUUUAUUGAAGUUCUCUAGUCAUCCUAACAGUAAAUUUUUUUUAAUUGUAU